AUGGCGUGUAAGGUCGUGCAGUCUCUGUGUCAUGUUCCAUCAUCCAUUCCUGACCACAAUCCAUCGAAACCACCGGAAGAAGCUCUAGAACAUUUUGUCGCCGACGGUCAGCAGCCUAAUAAGGCCAUGUCAAGAUUGGAUGUUACUGAGGUUGGAAGUGAAGAGACGGAUAUUUGUUAUGAGGACAUGCCGCUUUUGGAUCUUUCGCAGGCUGGAAGUGAAGAGAUGGAUCAUGGUCACCAGGUACCGGAUCACGAUGGCCUUCGGGAGGAUGAAAUACCAUGUGUUGGAAUGCGGUUUGAGCAAUUGCAAAUGGCUCAUGAAUUCUAUGUGACAUAUGCAAAGAAAUUUGGGUUUGCUACUAAGAUACGAACGACAACCUGUGAUAAGAUCACAAAUCAACCCAUUAACCAAGCUAUUCACUGUAAUAGGGAUGGGUUCCGUGUGUCUCGUGUCAAAGCGUCAACACGGAAGAACAGGAUCUCAGCCGCUGGCUGCAAGGCAAGGAUAUACGUGAAGUUUGACAAGGAGACGCAAGACUGGUUUUUCUUUAAGGUGGAGUUGAGUCACUCGCACCCAUGUUCAGCGAGAAAGGCGGUGCACUACCAUGAGUAUAGGAAGUUGACCAUGCAUGCGAAGUGCGUGAUCGAAGAUAAUGAUGAGGCUGGGAUUCAACCAAACAAGAUUUUCCUAGCUUUGGCAAAUAAGUCUGGGGGCCCAUCUAACAUGGGAUACUCAGAAAAAGAUUUGUGA